UCGUCUUAAAAUUAUCGUUUGGUUGACAAGAUGGAGUCAUGUUUGACUGUCGAGAAGGAGAUUGAAAAAGUCUUAAGUAAAUUUGGUUCUUUUAAUGAUCACACAUGGAAGACUUUGACGGAUUUAAUCGAUUACGUUCAGAGUUUAAAGAAUGAAUUGACUGACGGUUCACCAUGUUUCUCUUCGAUUCCACCCGAACACGAAAUUACUCCGGCUCAAGUCAUGGUGUUAACUCAGUGUGCGAAAAAAGUCAAAGACGUGGUUGCGAAAUUAGCAUCAGAACACAGAGAUCUUCAUGGAACCGUAUCUAAAGUCGGAAAAGCCGUCGAUAAGAACUUUAUAGCAGAUUUUGCUGCCACUAGUAACGAAGAAGUGUUCAGUAGUGCAGAGAACACUCAGCUAUUAAAUCAAGUUAUCAGUGAGCAUUUCUUACGACAGGGCAUGUUGGAUAUUGCCGAAGAAUUAAUUAGGGAAGCUGGUCUACAAAUAGAUAAUGACAAGAAAGAACCUUUUACUGAACUAAAUAGGAUAUUGGAUGCUUUGAAAAAACGUGAUUUAAAACCUGCUUUAGAAUGGGCAAGAUUGAAUAGAAAUAAACUUCAAGAACAAAAUAGUUCUCUCGAAUUUAAACUUCAUAGGCUUCACUUUAUUGAAUUACUACAAAAAGGAAUGAAACACCAGGAGGCUGCAAUAUAUUAUGCUCGUGAAAAUUUUCAGCAUUUAGCUUCUCAUCACGAAAAAGAGAUUCAAGUUCUCAUGGGAAGUUUGUUGUAUUUACGUCAAGGAGUUAAAAAAUCUCCUUACAACUACUUAUUGGAUCCCAUCCACUGGGCAGAAAUCUGUGACGUAUUCACAAGAGAUGCCUGUGCUCUACUUGGACUGUCCGUAGAAAGUCCACUGACCGUCUGUAUAAAUGCGGGGUGUAUAGCAUUACCGGCAUUAUUAAACAUCAAACAAGUUAUGCAACAGAGACAGGUUACGGGAGUAUGGAGUACCAGAGAUGAAUUACCAAUUGAAAUAGAUCUCGGACACAAAUGUCGCUUUCAUUCUAUCUUUGCAUGUCCCAUUUUACGACAGCAGAGUUCAGACAGUAAUCCGCCAAUGAGAUUAGUUUGCGGACAUGUGAUCUCGAGAGAUGCUCUCAAUAAACUUGCAAACGGCAAUAAAUUAAAAUGUCCGUACUGUCCGGUGGAGCAAAAUCCUGCCGACGCUCGUCUCAUCCAUUUUUAGUCACAUCUUCAUCCGAAUCCAGAGUGGCAUUUUACUUUCUUUCCUCCUGGAUUAAAUUGAAUACGUCCUUUUGUGAGUGUAUAUAAAAUUAUCUAAAUCCGAUGCUAAAAUCUGUUCAAUAAACCUAGUUAGUUAUCAUGCAUAUUAUUUGAAAUACCAAACGAAGACUUCUGUCUGUUAUUGUAUAAAUUAUUUUUUAAUUAAUAAUAUUGCUAUUGAUGUGUCAGUACUUAAAUGGCCAAUUUUAUUUGUUUUUAAUAUGCAUAUUGUGUGGUUUGAAACUUAUAAAAAAGGUAAAUUUUUCAGAUUUAUGCACACCCAUCUUUCUAAAAUUGUCAGAUGUGUACAUACAUACAUAAAUAUAUACCAUAUAAACAACAAAUCACUCUGUUAUGCAAACAUUUUCUUAUUUUAAACCCUGUGAUGCACAUGAUUUGGAUUUUGUAGCAAGUCUCCAUCUGUAAUUUUGUAAAUAAAAAUAUUUGAAUAUGCC